AAGCAAAAGCCUGGAAAAAGCAUUGGAGUUCUCAAAGAUCUCCAUCCAUAGAGACAUUUCCUUCUGAGUGUGGUUUUGUGAGUAUUAUGUUUGUGAAGAAAAAAAUGAAUCGUUUCCUGCGCCUGCAGCUGCUUGCGCUCGUUCUCAUUUUUUCUUCUGUGGGUGCUCAAGUAGUGCCUCAGGAUCAUGAGACCAAAGGAAAUGGGGAAGACAAGACGGUAGACGAUUGCAUUCAUUACCAGGGCUUCGGUCGACGUGGUAGGUGUGCUAGCUACGCUGCUAACCCUAAAACUGAAGAAGCCACACUAGAAACACAGGACAUUAACCAUCAACGCCCUGGGCAUCACGGUGGGCAUGGAGGUAAAAAUGGUGUUCAAACUAUCGGUGGUGGAGGACAAGGAGGGGGUCAAGUUGGUGGUGGUACUGGAUAUGGAGGAGGACAAGGGGGUGGAAAAGGUGGAGGUGGAUACGGUGGCGGUGGACAAGGAGGUGGUCAAGGAGGCAGCCACAGCGGUGGACAAGGGGGUGGUAAAGGAGCCGGUGGACAAGGGGGUGGUAAAGGGGCCGGUGGACAAGAGGGUGGACAAGGAGGUGGUCAAGGAGGCAGCCACGGCGGCGGACAAGGGGGUGGUGGUAAAGGAGGAGGCAGUGGUGGUGGACAAGGCGGUGGAAAAGGCGGUGGCGGUGGAGGAGGGGGUAGUGGAUAUGGAGGCGGUAAAGGUGGUGGUGGACAAGGAGGAAGUGGAGGUGGCCAAGGUGGUGGUAAAGGAGGUGGUGGCGGACAAGGAGGAGGAGGUGGUGGAUAUGGUGGUGGGGGUAAGGGCGGUGGAGGUCAAGGACGAGGAGGUAAAGGAGGAGGUGGCAGUGGUCACGGAGGUGGAAAAGGCGGAGGUGGAAGCGGUGGUGGUCAAGGACAAGGAGGUGGUAGCGGCCAUGGAGGUGGAAAAGGUGGAGGCGGAGGUGGCCAAGGAGGUGGAUAUGGUGGUGGUAGUGGAGACGGUCAAGGACAAGGAGGUGGUAAAGGAGGAGCUGGCAGCGGCCAUGGAGGUGGAAAAGGUGGAGGCGGAGGUGGUAGAGGCGGUGGCAGUGGUGGGCAUCAAGGUGGUAAAGGUGGUGGCAGUGGUGGCAGUGGUGGAUACGGUAGUGGCAGCAGUGGUAGCCAUGGCGGUGGUUAUUAAUUCUAGCCAUAGAAAGGAAACUGAAGUGAUCCACCAAAUCAGGGUAGCUCAGUAAAUUAAGAAUAAAAACUUUUGUCGCCCAGUGUAUGUAUGUCGAGUGUUUGAGGAAAACAUGAGUAAGCUGCGUCUGUGGGUUCUUGUAUGUAUGUAUGUUCCAUAGUCGAUAACCUUUAAUCGAGGCAUGCAUGUCUCUUUCUUUUAUAUAUAUAUUAACAUGUUUGCACCGA